UAAAUUAUUGCUUUAUCACCUAUAAUAUAACUAUGUAUUGAUAAUAAGAGGAAAAUUAUGAACUUUAAACAUUUUGGUAAAGCAUUAGGUAAAAUAAGUAUCUAUAUACAUUUGUUGAUCAAAUGAUUCAUCCAAAUGGUCCACAUCAUACUUAUGGAGAUACUACUGGUCCAUAUGAUGACAAUAAAGAAUCAACCGGAUUCUUAGGCCACAAGAAACCAAAUUUGCCCGCCAAUAUGCCUUUGAGGUUUGCCAAGGACGACGAUCCAACCGAAAUUUUACAAUUUAGUUUUCUGGAUCAAUAUGGACGUGUCACCAAAGAUUCGUUUAAGUCAGCCUGCAAGCCUCCAUAUCCUGCGAAAUAUUACAUUAAUGCCUUUUUAACUGUUUCAGCUCUUACGGUAUUCCUGCUAUGGAACUUCGGAAUCAUCCCUGGUACCAAACUGGGAUUCUUCUGCAAGGAUCCUUUGUUUUCCCAUAAGUACAGAGGGGACACCGUGAGCCCCACUAUCUUAGGAAUAGGGAUAACUCUGAUAUUUCCACUAAUAUACUUCACCAUAGAAGUGAUCAGACAAAAGAGGUGCCGAGACGUAUUCACCAUGCAAAACUUUGCGGAGUUUUACGUUUAUUUGAAACUCUUUACUUUUGGACUAAUUCUUGUUGGGGGCGUUACUGAAAUUGCUAAGACCAUUGUGGGUGAGCACAGACCUCACUUCUUCGAUACGUGCAAACCGGAUACAAAUAUGAACUGUACGGAAGGCACGUACAUUUUUGAUUUUACGUGCACCAAUAAAGAAAUAUCUAGUCUCGAUCAGACUGAUUCUUCGAGGUCUUUUCCCAGUGGGCACUCGUCUUUGAGUUGGUUUACGGCCUUAUUUACAGCGUUUAUAGUUCAAUCUCGCCUUCCCAUUCACAGGACAGGUUCGGCAGUCAAAUUGCUCAUGAUUGGUAUCUGCCUCACCUUCGGACUCACGUGUUCACUCACCAGAAUCACCGACAGGAGACACCACUGGUGGGACGUACUCAUUGGUACCAUAAUAGCAUUUGUAGGAGCCGCAUACUCAAUUUCCCUCACCAGUGAACAAGUGAAAAUCCUACAUAGGAAAUUAGUGUCUGAAAUGGAAGAGGGACCUGAUGAGGUGACUAAAGUGGAGUUUUAUAGUGUGUGAAUUGCGUGUUAAUCAGUGUGUAAUCAAAUAAGAUCAAAUCAUGUUUUUUUUUAGUGCUGACUUGCAGGGAAAGGCCUUAUUUGUCAAUCGUUAAAUAAAUAAAUAAAUAAGGUUUUUAGUCAUACAAUA